CCUCACUCCGUGUUGUGGAUCUGCUGCUGUGUGAUGGGAUCCCCACCUGCUCUGCAGCCAGAGGGGCAGUAGGAGGUGAGAUAGUCUGUGCACAGAUGCAGCCAGAGGGGCAGUAGGAGGUGAUACAGUCUGUGCACAGAUGCAGCCAGAGGGGCAGUAGGAGGUGAGAUAGUCUGUACACAGAUGCAGCCAGAGGGGCAGUAGGAGGUGAGAUAGUCUGUACACAGAUGCAGCCAGAGGGGCAGUAAGAGGUGAGAUAGUCUGUACACAGAUGAAGCCACAGGGGCACUAAGAGGGGAGGCACCCUGAGCACAAAUGCAGCCAGAGGGGCAGUAGGAGGUGAGAUAGUCUGUGCACAGAUGUAGCCAGAGGAGCAGUAGGAGGUGAGAUAGUCUGUGCACAGAUGUAGCCAGAGGGGCGGUAAGAGGUGAUAUAGUUUGUGCACAGAUGCAGCCAGAGGGGCAGUAAGAGGUGAGGCACCCUAUGCACAGGUGCAGCUAGAGGGGCAGUAAGAGGUGAGGCACCCUAUGCUCAGGUGCAGCCACAGGGGCAGUAAGAGGUGAGAUACCCUGGGCACAGGGGCAGUAAGAGGUGAGAUACCCUGGGCACAGGGGAAGUAAAAGGUGAGGAACCCUGGGCACAGGGGCAGUAAGAGGUGAGGUACCCUGGACACAGGGGCAGUAAGAGGUGAGGAACCCUGGCACAGGGGCAGUAAGAGGUGAGAUACCCUGGGCACAGGGGCAGUAAGAGGUGAGGUACCCUGGGCACAGGGGCAGUAAGAGGUGAGGUACCCUGGGCACAGAGGCAGUAAAAGGGGAGGAACCCUGGCACAGGGGCAGUAAGAGGUGAGGUACCCUGGGCACAGGGGCAGUAAGAGGUGAGGUACCCUGGGCACAGGGGCAGUAAGAGGUGAGGAACCCUGGGCACAGGGGCAGUAAGAGGUGAGGUACCCUGGGCACAGGGGCAGUAAGAGGUGAGGUACCCUGGGCACAGGGGCAGUAAGAGGUGAGGUACCCUGGGCACAGGGGCAGUAAGAGGUGAGGUACACUGGCACAGGGGCAGUAAGAGGUGAGAUACCCUGGGCACAGGGGCAGUAAGAGGUGAGGAACCCUGGCACAGGGGCAGUAAGAGGUGAGAUACCCUGGGCACAGGGGCAGUAAGAGGUGAGGUACCCUGGGCACAGAGGCAGUAAGAGGUGAGGUACCCUGUGCCCACACCCCAGCACCCUGGGCAGCUCCUGUAUGAUGUGACUCUGGUCUUUGUUACUGCUGCCUCUCUCUGUGCCUCCUGGCUCGGCAGCGAUGUCAGGAGUGAACCUCUCCCAGCCCGGGGAGCAGUGUCUGGAGGGAGAGCAGUUUCAGCACUAUGGACACUUCUCUCCCAGCGUCUCCAUCCUGCUGGCUGUGCUGAUGACUCUCAUGGUUCUGGCAACGGUACUGGGCAACGCUCUGGUUAUCCUGGCAUUUAUAGUGGACAAAGGGCUCAGGACUCAAGGAAACUUCUUCUUCCUCAACCUGGCAAUUGCUGAUUUCCUAGUGGGUGGCUUCUGUAUCCCUCUGUAUAUCCCCUAUGUUCUGACUGGACAGUGGACCUUUGGGAAAGGCCUGUGUAAGUUGUGGCUGGUGAUGGAUUAUCUCCUGUGCACGGCCUCUGUCUUCAACAUUGUCCUCAUCAGCUACGACAGAUUCAUCUCUGUCACCAAAGCGGUAUCCUACAGAGCUCAAAAGGGGAUGACCAGAAAUGCCGUCUUAAAAAUGUUAACCGUGUGGGUGGCCGCCUUUCUCCUCUACGGACCGGCCAUCAUCAGUUGGGAAUACAUCGCCAGGACGACCAUACUGCCCGAUGGGGAAUGUUACGUGGAGUUUUACUACAACUGGUAUUUUCUUAUGAUAGCUUCCACAGUAGAGUUCUUCACCCCUUUCAUCAGCGUCACCUACUUCAACCUGAGCAUCUACAUCAACAUCAAGAAGAGGACCAUGAUGAGGAACGAAGAGCUGGCCCAAGGGCAGGAGCAUUGUGAGAUGAGCUUCCAGAGGAGGAGAAAAAAACAUUUGAUCUUUUUCGUUAAACCGGCUGAGAAGCCUUACACCGACGCUAAAAAACAAGCAACCUGCUUGACGCCUAUAGAGACCUGUCCCACGGGGCAUCGGUCACAGAGGAUCAAGGAUCACACCCUGGACUUCAACAUAAGCCAAGACCUUCCUCCUCUGCAAGUUGAGGUGCAAACCAGAAGACAUCAAGACUGCUUUUACAAGUCGGUAGAAAACGCUUGUAGUAAUGUCAGGACGGACAUGGCUAGUAGCAUUGCCAACCGGUUCAGGCUAUCGAGAGACAAAAGGGUGGCCAAGUCCCUGGCCAUUAUCGUAUGCGUGUUCGGCCUGUGCUGGGCACCUUACACCCUAUUAAUGAUCAUCAGAGCGGCUUGCCACGGACGCUGUGUCCAGCAUUAUCUCUACGAGAUUUCCUUCUGGCUCCUCUGGUUAAAUUCUGCCAUUAACCCUAUACUUUACCCUCUCUGCCAUAUGAGUUUCCGAAAAGCCUUUAUGAAGCUUCUUUGUCCAGGAAAAGUGAAAAUACAUCCCCAUAUUUAUAUGUAAAUCAGCCAGACGCUACAGUCCUGCCAAGCCCCCCCACCACCCGCCACCUUGACCAGACAGCAGCACACACCUUGGGAUAUAUAUAAUAGAAACGUCUUCACCCCAAUUCUGUUGACAUGGUCAGACAAUGCAGUGAUAGGGUGAGUUGGCAUUGAAGUAAUGACCAGAUAAUGGGAAAUCCCCAGGAAGCAUAUGUGUGAUACAGACUAUAGAAAUAAGACUUUGCAAAUCGGAGCUCAGAGAAAACAGAAGAUUUUUUCUUUUUAAAUGUCCCGAGUACACCUGGAGUAUAUUUUGUAUUUCGUACCCUACCUGAGAACUUUAUAAAUAGUAGUAUUUAAGGGAAGACAAUGGUCUUUUUGGCGUAACAGUAUAAAGACUUUUAGUUUUGCAGAAUGUACAGGAAAAAAAAUGUAUGAAUUCAGAGUGGAAUUGAAGAUAUAAAUCAACUUUUAAGUUUGCACCCACCUACCCCCCCCCCCCCCCCCUCCCCAUACUUUCAAUCACUGCUAAAGUGGGGGCUCGUCCACAGAACCAGGCAGCUGCACUGGAUCUAUAAGUGCAAAAAUUACCACCUCCUCCUUCCUCUUCCUUUAGGAUUAUUAAGCACUGACAUCAUAUUGAGUCCCAAAUGCCUUAAAUAUACAGGUAGGGUGAUAACAUAGAGGUAACAGCAAACGCAUUGUGUAACCAGCUACAGAUGGGUCCAUUGGACUUAAUCUCCUGCUGUAAUGACUUAAUCCCCUGCUGUAUUGUUCUCUGUAUUGUAUUGCAGCUGAGAACAAUAGAUGAAGGAUUUAUGUUAAUAAACCAUGUUGUGCCUAGGCGCAGCAAACUAGCCAAGAUAACCGUGGACCCACCUGUACUUCCACUUAUUUCUCCAAUUUGCCCAUAGCCGGGGCAAAAGCUAAAUAAAGAAAACACUUAGUAAAUGAGGGCUACAAAUUGAAAGCAGGUGCUUCCACAUUGUGGCUAUUAACUAUUUAGUAUCCUGUCCUGCUCAGGGCUAAACAGUAACAUGGAAAUAUAGAGUAUGAUUGCAGAAGAGUGUCCCCCUGUACUGAACUCUUCGAUGUUUCCUCUGGCUGAAUGUGAUAUUAGAAUGGAAGUGUGACGCCUUGUCCCCAUCACCUGGGACAAAUGUGGUUGUGAGUGAUUGUGGGAACGGUACACAUUACAAGCGCACCUACGCUGAAGACUGAUGCCACGCAACUGGGCGGUAAUGUGGCGUUCUCACGCAGGCAAAGUUCGCUGGCAACAACUAUUUGCUCCCAAACGCUGGAAAACAGACAAAUGUCAUUCAAAUUGGUUAAAUCUGUGUGAUUUAACAAAUUUAUUUGAACAAUAUUUUUGAUCCAUUUUAUAUACAUUACCAGAUUUUUGUUCCCACCAGACAGAUUGGACAGAUAAAUGUUUAGGUGUGUAUCCAGUUGCAGAGUGGGUGUACAAGUCUGUGGAUAUGCGCAUUUAUUUGCAUGCAUGCAGUAUUGGAGUAGAUGCAUCAGAUAUCUGGUGGUGCACCGAUGAUCUUGCUGCUAGAGGUUUACUUGUUACCGUUGGUGCACAUUGGUCCAUUUUUGCUUUCACUGACCAACUGGAACAAGGACACUCCUAGUAAAUUCAGUUAUAUGCUGUAAUGUUUGGAUCAGAUUAUGGUUAUAUCAGGGCAUAUAUUUUAAUUAUCAGGACUUGGUGCCUAUCGCGGCAGUAAGAAACUAAAGAUUGCCAGCAUUCACCAAUUUUCACAUGCAGGGUCAAGGGCUGCGAUGAGUUAGCAGUAAAGUAAUGAGUAAAGUAAAGUAAUGUGAUCACAGGGCCUCCUGUUUCAGGGGCUGGUUGUGCUACUGCGCACAUCCAGUUAUCACACCACGCAUGUCCAAGCGAUCGUUGCCAGAGGGGUCCUACGGAUGCCCCUCCCAAAUGUUUUCUGGAAUGUCGCCCAAAGACUACAGUGGCUAGUUCCCGUAAUGCUUCGCAAUCUGGAGCUUGGUACAUAUGGCAUUUUAGCAGCCCCCCAUAAGAACCUUGCAAACAUAAACGUCGGACCACAGAAGAUAUCUCCAAUAUUUGCUGGAGUCCUCCGUAUGUACUUUCAGGAGAACCUUAGUAUUUGCGGGUGAUUCCAGAGGAUAUCCUGCAAAUAUGGUUUGCUAAAUAUGCCUCAUACAUAACUCGCCCUACAGACAUACUCAGUACAAUAUCGACCUGGUUUGGCCCGCUUGAUAUGUCCUUGUAUGGUCAUCUUUAGACAUAAAAUACAAGGCACAUUUUGAAUAUAAAGACAAUUAUAGCCAUCCAGAAGAUCAUAUGUUGUUCCUGAGUCUUUCUUUGUUCCCCCUUUUGUUGGUUUGAUGGCGGAAAAUGAGUAUAGUGCAUUCACACAGUCUAUAUCCGAUUAGUUUCUGGUUGGAUAAUGAUGUCUUCUACCUGUCUUUACUGGCCAAUUAUAGGUUGCGGUAAUGUGACCGCUGUUUGAACGCUUCACGUUAAGGCUUAAUCGCAUAAAUUAUCUGAUAAUUAUCCACAAAUUAGGCAGAUUUUCUUGUGCAAUCUUUCAUCCUAUUGUUACAGUUACAACAUUCUUAAUUUUCUAAUUACAAUAAAACAUGGGGGGCGAUAAUAUGGACUUCAGUGCCACUAUUCAACUUCCGCUGUAUGUCUGCAGAUAUCCACUAAGAUUGCAAGCUCUGAGGGAUAGUGAUACAUGGUUGAUAGCAAAAUAAGUGCAAUAAAUCCAGGAAAUAGCAGGCUUAUACAUUGUUUUGGCAAUUCAUUAGUAUCAGCGUAUAUUUGCACUCGCCCUAUAGCAGGUGUAUAUGCGCAUAAUUGCUAUUUUGCAAUCGCACAUUGGAACCUGUUUAUACUCUGGGGACGGGCGAAUAAUACUUAUAAUACACUACCUGACCUCUAAUGGAGCACUGCGCACCAGCCACUAACCUCCCAGCGUACGUCGUAUACAUUUUAUAUUUGUAUCGCAUAGAAUUUAUCGCACAUAGUAUCAUGUAAAUAAGAAAAUCAUAUUUUUCAUAGUUUAUUGCAUUCAAUAAAAAACUGUAUAAUAA